AUGCAUCCAGGGAUUCCAAUGCAAGUGCCCAUGCACUGGCCCCCAUGGGAUGGAGGUUUCCAGGCAACGGAAAAGAAAGAGAAGAAGGAAGCCAAAGACAAGAAGAAAGAAGCGAAGGAGAAGAAAGAGAAGGAGAAGGAGAAAUCCGAGAAAUCCGUGAAGGUCGAGCCUUCGGUCUCAUCCAAAGCAGGUGCAGACCCCUUGAAGGCUGCUCGCUUACGGGAACUGGUUCGCGGCAUUUACUUCCGUCGAAACCCGGGGAAAUUGUCGGAGUUGGACGCCAUCUUCGAAAAGUAUGCCGGGGCAGAGGGCGAGGUGUAUGCGCACGUUUGCAAGAAAUAUGGAGAGCCCAUGCUGGAGGCUCCUGACAGCAAUGGCGAGGUUGGCGAGGUGUCCUCGAUAGCCAAGGCGGAGAUUGAAGGCAUGUCCCUGCCAGCCGCAAGGCCUGCUGCAGCUGAGGAAGACAUCUCGGGGUGGCCCUUCCAAGAGGAGUUCGAGGCGAACUCGCCCUCACCCAGUCCGUCCUCGGCCGACGAAAAAAGCCGGCCCGGUUCCACCGCAGCGGCCACCGGUUCUGCCGGUGCGGUGGGAAAGGAAGGGCCCAAGAAGGGCAAAGCCGCAGGUGGCCAAGGUGGCCAAAGUGGUUUCCGCGCCGCCUCCGCGCGGAUUGCCAAGAUGUUGGCCUCUAAGGAGGCUACCGCAUGGAGACCCCCCAAGGGUCCUCCUGAGGUCGCCUCCGCCUGGCGCCCUCCCGCCUCGUCCCCCACGGCCAAAGCGGCCGCGGCCGCGGCGGCGGCGGAGGAUGCGCGGCGGCGACAGCUGCAGGAGAUGUGGCCGCAGCUCAAGGAGCCCAAGGCGACUCCCAAGAUCCAGCCCGCCCCGGCGGCUUCGUCGGAGCGCGCGGACGCCGCGGCGUCGGCAGCGAGUGCCAGUGCGGCGGCGAAGCCGGCGGCGAAGCCGGCGGCGAAGCCGGCGGAAAUCAAGGCGGCUGAGAAGGCCUUUGAGAAGGCGGGAGGAAGGAUUCCAAGGAGUCCAGGGUGCCUCGCUGCGUGGCUGCGGAUGCCUUGGCGGAGGCCAGUGAUAGCGAAGUCACUGAGGCGCCCAGCGGCGACGAUGCAUCAGGUGACGAAAUGGCAGCCCCAAAGACCGAGAAACCCACAGCAUCCGUGACUGCGGAUGCCGCGGCAGCCAAAGGUCAAGCAACGUCGCCAGCCAAAACUGUAGCAACAGCAGCAGCAGCACCAGCAGCACCAAAACAUGUACCAGCCGAAGCGCCAUCAACAGCACCAGCGACAGCACCAGCGACAG